UUGUUCAGGUCUAGUUGGACAAGAACAGCAAACAUGGUUUCAGCAGUUUGGUUGAUUCCAUUACUCACUGUGGUAAAUGGACAAAUUGUUACCCAUAAUAAUGGAGCCCAGUCUUAUCAGUCAACAACUUUUUUUGGUAGAGGAUCAUCUAAACCAGCCCCUUCUCCACCUGCUAAACUGAACCCUGUCCCCUACACGGAAUCUGUUGUGUAUAUUGAACCUAUUGAACUCGGUCAACCAUUGUACCAGCCCCAACCUGUGUAUCAACCCUCUAUACAACAAUCUCAGAGCCUGCCUCCAACUGUAGUGUAUCCAGAACCUGCUCAACCAUCAUACAAACCUCAUCCUCAGCCUUUUUACCAGCCUCAGCCUGUCUAUCAACCUCGGUUUGAUCCACAAUAUCAACCUCAGCCUGAUUAUCAACCCAGAGUAGAAACUCCUGCUUACUCACCUCAACCUGAGGUUCAUCUACCUUUACCUACCCCUCAACCAUUUGUCCAUUCUCCUAACCUUCAACCGUUUGUACAUUCGUCUUCCCCACAUCAAUCUUUUCAAUCCCCUUCUCCUCAACCGUUUGUUCCUUCUCCUGCUCCCCAAGUGUACCCUCAAGUACCUGUUGUAACCACUCCUGCACCCAGAGUGAAUAAUUAUAAUGCUAAUCCAGUUAAUCAACAUCUUCCCUUAAGAGCAGUUACAAGAACAGUGUCUUCUGUACAGAGUUCAGUUGGACCCUACACCCCCAAGCCUGUUUCUAGCUUCAUACCUGAAAAGUUUCUAGUCGAGAGCAGAACUGCUCCUCCACAAAGUAACCUUCUAAACACAUAUCCCUCUACACCUGUAGAAUCAACCCCUAGGCCAGUUUCAAGUUUUAUUCCUGAAAAGUUUCUAGUUGAGAGCAGAACUACUUCUCCUCCAAGUAACACACAAAAUAAGUAUCCGUCUAUAUCUACAGAAUCGACUUUUGCAAACUCAGCAGUAAAAAAUACUAACUUUAUUCGAGUACAAAGUACACAGAAAGUUAUGGAGCUUCCAUUAGACGUACCUGCUGAACAGAUUGUGGAUGAAGCUUUAGUUGAGGUUUCUGCUCAAGGUGAUAAAAUUGUUAGAGCACUGGAAACCUUGACCAAGAAUAAGCUUGUUGCAAAACUACUAAAAUCCAACACUAAUAGUUCUGAUCCUUGCUCUGUCAUCCCUGCCAAUAUUGAUGUUCUAGCUAGAGAUCUGAUCACUGGGCUCACAACUUCAAGAACAGAACUUAUUGCUCUCAUAGCAGCAGUUCAGACCAUGAAACGAGAGGAGAAGAACCAAGGAAAUGUUUUGCGAGCUGCAGCCGAAGCUGUUCGAGCAGUGGAGCCUAUUGCACCAAAGUUUUCUCGAGUUUUCCAGACAGAUGGGUCAUGUCAAGCGUCGCUAGAGACCAACAUUAAGCGGCUGAAUACAGUUGGUAAUGUUUUGAGUACUCUUGGUCGAACCAAUAUUAUUGCAAAAGAUGAUGCUACAAAAGAAAGAUUACUCCAGGGAGGCCAAGCAUCUAAGAUCAUUGGGCAGGUUACAGUUAAUCUAAAUGAGGGAAAAUUUACCAACCUCUGCUCUGACUCUCCUUCAUUCACUGGAGAUGUGUUCAACGGUGCUGGGGAGAUUCUUGGAGGAUUAACUCAGAUAGUGAAGACCUUUAAUGGUAAUGAGAAUACUGGAGAUAUUCCUCAGAUUGAGAAAACUGUUGUUUUACUGAGAGAGGGGGCGGCUCUACUAAAGGAUUUGAACUCCGGUCCUGAAUCUUCCUCUGCUACUUCAGCUUCCCCCAGCUGUACAACCUCGCUGUCAGCUGUAGCUAAAUCACUGGAAGAAGUGGCGGAGUUAGUUGAUAUAAUUGAACCAGAAACACUUCAGUGAUACUAUUUUUUAUCUAUAUGAUUAUAUUUUGUUUUGUUGUUAUAUUUUUCAUUCAGAUAAUAAAAACCUUGGCUAAAAAGUGUACAAAAGCUGUGCAAUUCUAUAAUAAAAUAGAUAUUUGUUAAUAAAUCAUUUUUAAUGAA